AUGGCUAGAAAGCUCCUAGCUAAGGAGCCAAAAGGGUCAGCGUCUACACAAAUCGAUGGAUCAACUACUAGGAUCCAGCAACUUGCCACAACAAUAACAGAUCAACGCCUGGCAAAUGCAGGGGUACCUACAAAAUAUUGCAAAGAACUGAACCGGUUGCCGAGUUCGUUUGGCAAAAGCGAAGAAAGUACGGAAACACAGACUUCCCUAUUCCGGGCCACCUCGCGGCUAGUUGUUGUUGUUGCCGGAGGGAUGUUUGGAACCCGCGCCGAAUUAAAGAAGGCGCUUCAACGCUGGGCGACUGAAAUUCCUCAAGAAGGGUACAUAAAGAUACUGAAUAAUGCGGUAGCACAGGUUACCGAAAUUGCUGAGCAAUAUGAAAUCUUAAUCGGCAUGUACGAGGUAGGGCGUGAUACCCUCAGUGAUUAUUUUCAGAAUACCGCUAUAUAUGGGAAAAGGUCACAAAGGCAAUAA